AUGUUAUUUUUAUUUAGUAAUUAAUUGAAAGUAGUCCCUAAAAUAUCACGUGACUUCCUUUGAACUCGUUUCUCUUUCCUUUUAGCUGGAUCAAGCGAAUGUCGGGUGCUUGUUCUCUUUUCUUGAGCUAAGGCUAUAUCAGCGACUUGCACCGUUUUAUCAUUCCAUCCAGCUUCAAUAUAUUUUAUACAAGUGACAAACAUGAAUAAGAAAGCUGAACUUGCUUGCGUUUAUUCAACACUAAUUCUUGUUGAUGACGAUGUUGCUGUAACCGGAGAAAAAAUUCAAACAAUUUUAAAAGCUGCUAAUGUUGAUGUGGAAUCUUAUUGGCCAGGAUUAUUUGCCAAAGCUUUAGAAGGAGUUAAUAUAAAAGAACUUAUAACAAAUAUUGGAUCAGGAGUUGGAAAAGCACCAACAGCAGCACCAGCAGCAGCUGCACCUGCAAGUACAGAAAGUGCACCUGCUAAAGAAGAAAAGAAAAAAGAAGAACCUGAACCAGAAUCAGAUGAUGAUAUGGGCUUUGGCUUAUUUGAUUAAGCUUAAGGAUCACAAUGGAUCAAUUUAUUGGUCUAUGUAUCAUCUUUGUACAGUUGUAUUGUACUACAAAUAAAAUAUUUUGAAACUAAA